AGUUCCAACCUACUUCCGGUAAAAUCUAGUGCAUUUUAGUGAAGCAUGGCUGCUAUUGGGGUACAUUUCGGAUACACAUGUGCUUGUGUAGCGAUAUUUAAGGAUGGACGGGCUGACGUAGUUGCAAACGAUGCUGGGGACCGAGUUACCCCAGCUGUGGUGGCGUACAGAGACACCGAGCAGAUUGUGGGAAUAGCUGCCAAACAGGGAAGGAUUAGGAAUGCUGCCAACACUGUGGUCAAGGUGAAACAGAUUCUGGGAAGGAGUUUCGAUGACCCUGAGGCAGAAGCACACAGAACGGACAGCAAAUGCCCAGUAGUAAGUAAAGGGGACCUGCCCAGGUAUGAAAUCGACACGGGGGAGACGACGAAAUACGUCUCACCCGAAGAAGUUGCCAAGUUAGUCUUCCACAAAAUGAAAGAGACUGCCCAGUCAGCCCUUGGGUCAGAUGUGGCGGAUGCAGUCAUCACUGUGCCUUUUGAGUUUGGGGACAAACAGAAGAAUGCACUUAAACAGGCGGCUGAGGAUGCUGGCUUCAACGUGUUGCGUCUCAUCCACGAGCCGUCGGCCGCACUGCUGGCAUACGGCAUUGGCCAGGACUCACCAUCUGGAAAGAGUCAUGCGUUGGUGUAUAAGCUGGGCGGCACAUCUCUGAGUGUGACUGCUCUGGAGGUCAACAGUGGCAUGUAUCGCGUGCUGGCCACACACACGGACCACAGCACCGGGGGAGAAAACUUCACUCUCGCAUUGGCACAGUUCCUUGCCUCUGAAUUCAAGAAGUCCUUCAAGCAGGAUGUCACUGGCAACGCCAGGGCCAUGAUGAAGCUGAUGAACAGUGCGGAUGUAGCCAAACAUACCCUCUCCACGCUGGGCAGUGCCAACUGCUUCGUGGACUCCCUCUUUGAUGGCAUGGACUUUGAGUGCAACGUCUCCAGGGCGCGCUUCGAGCUCAUAUGCUCCUCCCUCUUCCAGAAGAGCAUCCAGCCAAUCAGAAGCCUCCUAGAGCAGGUUGGCCUGUCCACCAGUGACGUCAACACGGUGGUGCUGUGCGGUGGCUCGGCGAAGAUCCCCCGGCUGCAGCAGAUGCUCCAGGACCUGUUCCCCGAGGUGGCCCUGCUCAGCUCCAUCGCCCCAGACGAGGUGGUGCCCGUCGGGGCAGCCCUGCAGGCCGGCAUCCUGGUGGGCAAGGACGGCCCGCCCCUGGGGGAGGACUGCAUCUCUGUCGACUGCUGUGCCAAGGACAUCUCCGUGAAGGAGGUGGAUGAGAGUGGAGAAGAGGUGAUGACGGUGGUGCUCCCCUCUGGAACACCGCUGCCUGCCCGCCGCCAACACACGCUACACGGACCGGGCAACCUCGCCUCCCUGUGUGUAGAACUCUACCAGGCACAGCAGUGUCUAGCUAAGAUUGUUCUGAAAGACCUCGAGCCCAAGGAGGAGAAUCAUGAUGUUGUGACCGUCAUUACUAUGAAAAGGGAUGGCUCAUUACACGUGACCUGCACGGAGCAGCUCAGUGGCCGGUCGGAGGCGGUUACCAUAGCAGUGGCAGCCGCAUCGUAAACAUUGUCACGACAACGCUUUGGUCUCUAUGGAGACACUUGCCCACCCUGUACUCCGACACGCCCAGCAAGUCCAUGUCAUUACUGUAAUGGAGAGGAGGAGGAAAAGAAACAACAAAUUUAAUGGAACAUUUUAAAAUAACUUGACACCUUCAAUUAAUCCAUGAGUUCAGUGCUUCUGUUUUUGUUGGUUAUUUUUCAAUAAACGGUGUAUAUAUGUAUGAAA